CUGGGAAAGGGCAACUUCCGCGAACUCCCAAAGGUGGUGAUUUCGCCGCGGAGAGCUGCGGUUUUGGUCCGGGCUACUGAACUUUGCCUAGGGCUUGCCCGCAGUUUGCGGUAGGCAUUUCCCUGUGUCGCGGAGGUGCUGCCGGCUCCGGUUUUGCUGUCUGUGCGCCCCGGGAUCCGGAAACUGCUGGAAUGAGCGGAUAUCAUCACCCUUUGCGGGGACAGGCGGGAGGCGGGGUCAGUGAUUUGGAGUGAGAGCUGAACGGUGGGAGCUGUCUGAAUGAUCUGGAGAGAUUUCCUGAGUGGAGUGUAAUUUUUCAAAACCAUCUUUGCACUGUGUGGCAUUUAUUGAAAAAAUGUUUGGGAGAUUGACUUUUCCACAACUACUUUUUGCUAGCAUCCUUGGAAUUGCUGGAGGAAUAUAUAUUUUUCAACCGAUAUUUCAACAACAUUCCAGAGAUCAGAAGGAAUUAAAAGAGAAAUUGAAAGUGGCAGAGGAAUCAGAAGAGAAGACAAGUUAAUACUACAUGCAGUUAAACUGUAAUUGCUUCAAUUUCCUUUGAAAUUAUGCAUUGACUAUAAGUAGUCUUGUAAAAACUUCUCAAAAUAUAUGUUAAACAUAAAUAAAUCAUAGAUGAUGAUUUUUAAAACUA